AUGAUUAAUCGCGAAGGAUCAACGGCUUCUCAAAGUGAAAGAAAAGGACCUAAACAUGUCGUCAAUUGGAAUAAUGGUGAUGUCAUGAAAUGGUUAAAGCGACAUUGUGAAGAGUAUUAUGGUUUGUAUGGUCAUCUUUUCCUGGAACAUGAGAUUACCGGUCGAUCUUUGGUCAGAAUCUCUGAGGUUACCCUACAGCGAAUGGGAAUUUCUAAUCCUCAACAUUGUGAUGAGAUUUGUCGGAUUAUCUUUAAGCUUAAACUGAAAAGUGAUAUUCCCGAAUUACUUGAUUUGGACAAGAAAUCGGAAAAUUCAACUCCCUACCAUUGA